AUGACGUCCCGACAAUGGCUCAACGAGAGAACAGAGCCCCACACAUCGGAACAAGAAGAUAAGAUGGAAAUUAAAGAUGAAUUCAAGAUAAUUGUUAGGGUUUUAGAGUAUAUUCUUCUGUGUCUCACUGAUUCAUCCACUUUAAAUCCAAACAUAGAAAUGGCAGUUUUAUCGCUCUUUUCUCCCACAUUUAAUCGCUCAAACUCUUACAUUCUACUCAAUUUCUUCACCUCACUGCAAAAUUUCUGUGGGGAUUCACAGUUCAAUUUAAAGGCUAAAGGAAGAAUUAAUAGAGUAUAUUGUAGGAAGAUUCGGGUUGUGUCAUCGCAUUCCAACCCCAAAAUUCUGAAGCGCAAUCGCAAAUCCAGGUAUGGACAGCCAGUCUCGCCUUACGACAGUGAAGAAGAUGUCGACGACGAAGACAGUGGUGGUGACGUGGAUGAAAGUGAUGACGAUUGGAUUUCUAAUGAUGAGUUUGCAGACAUCAAAAUUUCUGAAACUGAUAGACAACGGUUAAAGAUGCAGAAUUCAACCAAGAUGAAACAAGGCAGUUGCAGGGAUCUAAAGAGAGUUGGGGGUGCAAGCUCAUCAAAUUCUGGACAAAACCUCAAAACAAGGCAACACAAGUUGGGUAUAAAUAAUGGCAAAGACAUCCUUAAAAAGAGAGAGAGUGGCAUUUCGUAUAACAAUUCCAGGCAAUCAGCAAGCAUUGGUUCUUUAGGUGAUAUCAGAGAAAAGGAAGCAGAAAGUUCUUCUAAGAACAGAUUCUCUUAUUUGUCAGAAGAACUAGACUUAGAUGAAAGAUGGUUUCCGCUUCUUGAUUAUUUGAGCACUUUUGGUCUUAAGGAAUCACACUUUAUUCAAAUGUAUGAAAGGCAUAUGCCAUCCCUUCAGAUAAAUGUUGACUCAGCAGAGGAAAGAUUGGGAUAUUUGUUAAGUGUUGGUGUCAAACAUAGAGAUAUCAGAAAAAUAAUUUUGAGGCAGCCUCAAAUUUUGGGGUACACCGUUGAAAACAAUCUGAAGUCCCAUGUUGCCUUUUUGGGUAGUUUGGGCAUUCCAGAAUCGAGAAUAGGAAAAAUAAUUACUGCCACUCCAUCCCUGUUCUCUUACAGUAUCGAUAAUUCUUUAAGACCCACAGUCAAGUACCUUCUCGAGGAGAUAGGAAUCAAGACGGCAGAUCUAAGUAAAGUAGUGCAGUUAAGCCCUCAAAUUCUGGUUCAGCGGAUAGACAAUACGUGGAAUAUUCGUUACAAUUUUCUGAGAAAAGAGUUGGGAGCACCAAGAGAGAGUAUAGUAAAGAUGGUCACGAAACAUCCUCAAAUACUUCACUACAGCAUCGAAGACGGAUUACGCCCCAGGAUCAAUUUCUUGAGAAGUAUUGGGAUGCGCAACUCUGACAUACUGAAAGUAUCAACUAGCCUUACACAGGUAUUCUCUCUAUCUUUGGAGGGAAAUCUGAAACCUAAAUACAUGUACUUGAUCAAUGAACUUAGAAAUGAGGUCCAUUCCCUGACCAAAUAUCCAACCUACCUAAGCUUGUCUCUAGACCAGCGAAUUCGACCCCGACAUAGAUUUUUGGUUUCCUUGAAGAAAGCUCUGAAAGGGCCAUUUCCUUUGAGUUCACUGGUUCCAACUGAUGAAAGCUUUUGCCAGCAGUGGGCAGGAACUAGCUUGGACAAAUAUCUGGAUUUUCGGAAGAGAUUGCUGCUCAAAGAGUUUGCAAAGAAAGCACUUGAGCAUUUAGGUGAGUCAGAUGUUCAAGAAACAUACCAUGGUACUAGUCCAGGUUAUUUCUAA